UCCCGGCCGCCUCCUCGGCCCGGCCCGGCCCGGCAGGGUGCGGAGCACCGCAGCGGCGCCUGGCCGCAGCUCGGCUCGCCCCCGGGCCUGAGGCGGAGGGAGAGGCGGAUUUAGCGGGUCCAUAGGACUCUUCUCUUUCUCUUGCAGAAGAAGACAGCCCCUGCUCAACUGUCAAGGUGUGCAUCAUGGGAGAACCACUCUCAAACAGCAGCAUCCUUGAUCAGUUUGUUAAUAGCCAUGAGCAGUCCUACGAAGAGUUCCUAAGUACCUUCACUUACCCUUUGAAAGAGAAAGAGGGAAAGACCAAUCAGGGAAGUAAAGUGGAUACCUUAAGAAAACCAUUUCCUGCUCCUGAUUUAUCAAGCAGAAGUAACCAGGACAGCCCAUCUGGGAGAAGCAAAGAAGUGUGGAUGCCUCUUCCACCAGGGAUGCCAAGUGAGAAUGAGAGAGUGACGAAUGAGAGCUGGAAAGCUGUUGGCUCUGCUGGAAAUGACCUCAGUCUGCCUGGAGCAGUGAAGGUGGAGAAGGACACAGAUGUGGAAGUUACUGAGAUGUAUGAAGAGACAUGCAGUGGGUCAUUUGUUCUCCCAGGAGAGGCAGAGCAGACAGUGACUUACUGCACUCCCUUUUUGGAACAGCCUCUCCAGCAGAAGUUCAGAACCUUGGCAGUUCCACCGCCAUCAGACAGCAAAGCCCAAGAGCUGCUGGGGGAUGAUGUUCAGCCCUUCUCCCUGGAUGAAGAAUUUGAUUAUGAUAAUGUGGCCCUGACCCCUAAGUUCUCUGAAGCUGAGCUGAAGGCUAUUUCCCAGCUGUCUGAGGAGAAGAAAACUGGGCCAGAUGUCGAGUCAGCGUGAGCUGAAAGACUGGAAUUGAAGGCCUCCUGUGCAGUGCUGCUCUGAGGAGGUUAAUCUGGCUCUCCGUGCUGCCCUUGUUUAGUCUUGGGAUCUCUUUGGCCAGUAAAUGACAUCCUGGAGA